CUUACUUUUUGUUGAGUUGACCCUGGUGUUGUCCUACACAUAGGAAAACUUGAACUCGAUGGUUGAGUUGCGCAUACGUCAGGAAUAUAGGCAGCUGUAGAUCUAGAAUUAACCUAUUGGACACUGCACGAACAAAGGUGACCUGGAAAAGGUAUGCUGCGGUUUAGAAACCUAGCGUUCGGUUGGACUAACUGGUUCAGGAGGCAACCCACAAUAAUUCCAAGGGAGGAACGUAUCCACAUGGAUCAUUCGAGCCAAAGUCCACAUUUGAAGAAAGUGCCGAAUACCUGGCACAGGUUUGCCGAACAAGUAUCUGAUAAUAGUCUCAUAACUAAUCCAAGAGUCGAGGUACCACAAUACACCGCCCCGCUAUGCAUUCUGCUGACGUGGAUUACGGCAAAACCACGCCACGUCGAAAAAUACAAACAAAUGUACGAAUCCCGAGGUGUCAGUGUCAAAGAGGUGAAAUUUGGUGUUUGGAACGCAGUGUGGCCGAAAAGUACGAUACCCAUCGCAGAAACUCUCUUAGAGGAUCUUCUUAGCGAGCACAAAGGGCGUCCACUAUUGUUUCAUGUUUUUUCUGGUGGGCUUUGUACCUUCCAAAGUGUGGUCCGUUUAGUUCAGCAAAAAUCUCGUUACGGCCCUAUCCGCGACAAUAUCUGUGGGCAAGUGUUCGACAGCGUUACAAUAGGUGACGCUCAGAUAUACUCCGAGGGCGUGAUACCAGGCAUGACAUCAAGCCCCAUCUUACAACCCAUACUUAGAUUUAUUUACAAAUACUACGUCAUACUAACAUAUAAACACACAUUAAAUUACAUGAACAAGGGCGUUAAAAUGCUCGAGGCUGACCCAUUCCAAGGACCAACAUUAUUUUAUUACUCUAAGAACGACAACGCCAUAGAUACAAAAGCACUGGGUGAGUUGAUUGAUAAUUGGAAGGUGAUAAAGAAUGGAGAUUUGCUGGUGAAAAUGUGGGAGGACUCGCCACAUGUGCAGCAUCUUCGCUACAAUACCGAUGACUAUAUAUCGUUCUUUGACAGUUACCUCGCAAAGGUUGUCAAAUUCUAUGAUAAGAAAGUUGGACUAAAACCUUCAACACGGAAGACAAUUGCCAACCAGUACGAGUAGCUUUGAUGAUUGGACAUGUUCUUAAUUAUUCAUAUGCUACACGCUAUCUUGGUUCAUGCUGUGAUUUUGAAACCCUUAUUUUGAUCCUGUGUGGAGAUGAAUACACGGAUUCAACAGACAUGGAUCAAUCAUGGCCAAAUAUGGUCAUGAAAUAUAGAAGAGGGACAGUAUUUUACGAAGGGCUGCUGGUCCGUUACGCCGCUUUCAAUAUCACGGCUGAAUGAGGGUGAAGGUUUGAGCAGCUAGGUAAGCCCAGACUCUUUAGCCAACGCUGUGGUUUCUAUUUUUCACCAUUGGCCAAAAGCUUACAUUUUGCUCUCUUUGACUAUCUUGUUACGGUUGACGGGUUGAUACGUGAAUGCAGUGUAGGCUCUAAGGGGCGGUCGGCUGGUUACAAAGUUACUUUUGGUACUGGCUAGAUGAUUUUUUUUCACUAGGUAUAGGA